UUUACGAAGAUCCAAGGAGAGCUGACCCAUCUGUCUCGUCUAGUCGCUGCCGGAGCUGUUUAAAGGAUGGAUUUCACCCUGCUCCGGAAUAUCAUCCGCAGAUACUGUGUGGGGGAGGAGAACUGGGUGGACAGUCGGACGGUGUACAUCGGGCAUAAAGAACCCCCUCCAGGAGCUGAGGCCUACAUCCCUCAGCGUUACCCUGACAACCGCAUAGUCUCCUCCAAGUAUACCUUCUGGAACUUCAUUCCCAAGAACCUGUUUGAGCAGUUCAGAAGAAUCGCUAACUUCUACUUCUUGGUCAUAUUUCUGGUCCAGCUUAUCAUCGACACCCCCACCAGCCCAGUCACCAGCGGCCUGCCCCUCUUCUUUGUUAUCACUGUCACCGCCAUAAAACAGGGUUAUGAGGACUGGCUCAGACACAAGGCUGACUGCUCUAUAAACGAGUGUCCGGUGGACGUUGUGCAGCAAGAGAAAGUGGUGAGGACGCAGAGUCACAAGCUACGGGUGGGAGACAUCGUUGUGGUGAGGGAGGAUGAGACUUUCCCCUGUGACCUCAUCCUGCUUUCAUCCAGCCGCCAUGAUGGGACCUGCUACGUCACCACCACCAGCCUGGAUGGGGAGUCUAGUCACAAGACCUAUUAUGCUGUACCAGAUACCAUGGCCUUUAGAACAGAGCAGGAGGUGGAUUCUCUGCAUGCCACUAUUGAAUGUGAACAACCGCAGCCUGACCUCUACAAAUUUGUGGGACGCAUCAAUAUUUACAAGGACAAAGAAGAGCCUGUGGCUAGACCACUUGGGGCGGAGAACUUGCUCCUCAGAGGAGCAACACUGAAAAACACACAACAUAUUUAUGCUGUCGCAGUCUACACUGGCAUGGAGACCAAGAUGGCACUUAAUUACCAGUCUAAAUCUCAGAAGCGCUCCGCUGUAGAAAAGUCUAUGAAUGCCUUUCUGAUCGUGUACCUGUGCAUCUUGAUCAGUAAAGCAGUGAUCAACACUGUUCUGAAAUACGCUUGGCAGUGGUCUCCUGACCGAGACGAGCCUUGGUACAACCACAGGACUGAGAAUGAGCGUCAGCGCCAUGUGGUGAUCCGAGCUUUCACAGACUUCCUGGCCUUCAUGGUCUUGUUCAAUUACAUCAUCCCAGUGUCUAUGUACGUGACAGUGGAGAUGCAGAAAUUUCUCGGCUCCUAUUUCAUCACCUGGGAUGAGGAGAUGUUUGAUGAAGAGUUGGGAGAGGGAGCGCAGGUCAACACCUCUGACCUGAAUGAAGAACUGGGACAGGUGGAAUAUGUGUUUACUGAUAAGACCGGCACUCUGACUGAGAAUAACAUGGAGUUUAUUGAAUGUUGUGUCGAUGGGAACGUCUACAUUCCGCAUGCCAUCUGCAACGGCCAAAUCCUCAGUGCUGCCUCCAGUAUAGACAUGAUUGAUUCCUCACCUGGGGGAUAUAGAAGAGAACACGAGGACCUGUUUUUUCGGGCGCUGUGUCUGUGUCACACGGUGCAGGUGAAGGAGGAGGAGACAGUGGAUGGCAUUAAGAGGGGCAUCCACCAGGGCAGGCCCACCUCCUUUUACAUCUCCUCCUCACCAGAUGAGGUGGCUUUGGUGGAAGGAAUGAAAAGGUUGGGUUACACCUAUCUGAGACUGAGAGACAACUACAUGGAGAUCCUCAACAAAGAUGAUGAGAUUGAAAGGUUUGAGCUGCUACACGUACUGAACUUUGACUCUGUAAGGAGGAGAAUGAGCGUCAUUGUUAAGUCGAGCUCAGGAGAAUACCUACUCUUCUGUAAGGGGGCAGACUCAUCCAUUUUUCCUCGAGUGGUGUCCGGGAAGGUGGAGCAGGUGAAAGCACGAGUGGAGCAGAAUGCUGUGGAGGGGCUGCGGACUCUCUGCGUCGCCUAUAAAAGACUGUCGGACUCUGAAUAUGCGGAGGCGUGUCAUCACCUAAAUGACGCCAAACUGGCCCUGCAGGACAGGGAGCAGAGGCUGGCUCAGGCCUAUGACAUCAUCGAAAGGGACUUUGUGCUCUUGGGUGCUACGGCAGUGGAGGACAGGCUCCAGGACAAAGCUGCAGACACCAUUGAGUCACUUCACAAGGCCGGGAUGAAAGUUUGGGUGCUGACAGGCGACAAGAUGGAGACGGCAGCAGCUACCUGCUACGCCAGCAAGCUGUUCCGUCGUAGCACCCAGAUUCUGGAGCUGACCAAGAAACGCACAGAAGAGCAGAGUCUGCACGACGUUCUGUUCGAAUUAAACAGAACUGUUCUCAGACAACGCUCUAUUUCUGGUUUAUCAGUGGACUGUCUUGACUUUGGUCUGAUCAUCGACGGGGCCACUUUAUCUGCAGUACUAAAGGCCAACCAGGAGGGUCUUGGCAACUACCGAGAGAUCUUCUUAGAUAUCUGUCGCAACUGUAGCGCUGUGCUUUGUUGUCGCAUGGCACCGCUGCAGAAAGCACAGAUUGUGAAGCUAAUCAAAGCUUCUAAGGAGCACCCUAUAACCCUCGCUAUCGGCGAUGGAGCCAAUGAUGUCAGCAUGAUCUUAGAAGCACAUGUGGGCAUUGGAAUAAUGGGUAAAGAGGGCCGUCAGGCAGCAAGGAACAGUGACUAUGCCAUCCCGAAGUUCAAACACCUUAAGAAGAUGCUACUUGUUCAUGGCCAUUACUACUACAUCCGAAUUGCUGAACUCGUACAGUACUUCUUCUACAAGAAUGUAUGCUUCAUCUUUCCUCAGUUCCUGUAUCAGUUCUUCUGUGGGUUCUCCCAGCAGCCUCUGUACGACACAGCCUAUUUGACGUUGUACAACAUCAGCUUCACCUCACUCCCCAUCCUCCUCUACAGCCUGGUUGAGCAGCACGUCACUAUGGAGACACUCAAGAGGGAGCCCACCUUGUACAGGGACAUCGCAAAGAACUCCCUCCUCCGCUGGCCUGUCUUCCUCUACUGGACAUGCCUGGGUGUGUUUGAUGCUGUUAUCUUCUUCUUUGGUGCCUACUUCCUGUUUGACAACACCACCUUCACCAGCAAUGGCCAGAUGUUUGGGAACUGGACCUUCGGGACUCUCGUCUUCACUGUCCUGGUUUUCACCGUUACACUCAAGCUUGCCUUGGACACACACCACUGGACCUGGAUCAAUCACUUUGUCAUCUGGGGGUCUCUACUUUUCUAUGUUAUUUUCUCUCUUCUCUGGGGAGGCAUCAUUUGGCCCUUCCUCAACUACCAGAGGAUGUACUACGUGUUCAUGCAGAUGCUGUCCAGUGGUCCGGCCUGGCUCAGCAUCAUCCUGCUUAUUACAGUCAGCUUGCUUCCAGAUGUCAUAAAGAAGGUCCUCUGCAGGGCCAUGUGUCCGACAGCUACCGAACGUGCACAGUCCACUCGCCCGUGCCUUACUGUGGAGCCGUCCACCAUCUUCAUGCUAUCUCAGUCCUCCAGCAGAAUGAGUUUCUGA